AUGUCAACACAAACCUUCGAAACCCAAGGCGUCCGCGUCGCCGUCGAAGGCUGUGGCCACGGCACGCUCAAUGCCAUCUACGCCGCGGUUGCCAAGUCAUGCGAGGCGCGCGGCUGGGACGGCGUCGACGUGCUCAUCAUCGGCGGCGACUUCCAGGCCGUUCGCAACGCCGCCGACCUGACCGUCAUGUCGGUCCCCGCCAAGUACCGCGAGAUGGGCGACUUUUGGGAGUACUACGCCGGCGCGCGCACGGCGCCGUACCUGACGCUGUUCGCCGGCGGCAACCACGAGGCGGCGUCGCACCUCUGGGAACUCUACUACGGGGGCUGGGCCGCGCCCAACAUCUACUACCUCGGAGCCGCCAACGUGCUGCGCCUCGGGCCGCUGCGCAUCGCCGGCAUGAGCGGCAUCUGGAAGGGCUUUGACUACCGCAAGGCGCAUCACGAGAGGUUGCCGUUUGGCGCGGAUGACGUCAAGAGUUUUUACCACGUCCGCGAGGUUGAUGUGCGAAAGCUGCUGCUUAUCAGGGAGCAGGUCGAUGUCGGCAUCAGCCAUGACUGGCCGCGGGCCAUUGAGAAGUGGGGAGACGAAAAGGCGCUCUGGAGGAUGAAGCCCGACUUUGAGGCCGAGUCGAGAGACGGCACGCUAGGGAACGUUGCUGCCGAGUAUGUGCUCGACAGACUGAGGCCACCGUACUGGUUCUCGGCGCAUCUGCACUGCAAGUUCUCCGCGCUGAAGCGGUUCGAUCUGGGGGACGCUGGCGCCGAGACAAGGGAUGGUGGCAUCAAAUCUGAGACGCAAGCACAUGGAACAGCAUCUGCUGCUGCUACAACGACUACAGUGGCGGAGGCGAAUCCAGAGGAGAUUGACCUCGACGACGACGAUGAUGACGCUGUUCCCACUGCGGCUGCGAGCACUACAGCAAACCCAAACGAGAUCAGCCUCGAUGAUGACGACGACGACGAACCUGCCCCUGCGGCACCAACUAUCAACCCCGAAGACACGCCAAAGCCCGUCAGCAACGUCUCAGCCGACCUUCGAGCCCAGCUUCCUGCCUCGUUUGCCGCACCGAAACCCCAGCCCAAGACGACACCCGGCCAGCCUGUGCCCGCGACAAUCACGAACAAUCAAGUCCGCUUCCUCGCGCUCGACAAGUGCCUCCCGCGCCGCCACUUCCUCCAGCUCCUCGACAUCCACCCCCACGACGGCAGCCCCGUCGCGCCGCCGUCCACGCCGCCCCAACACCCCGGCCGCUUCCCGCUGCAGUACGACCCCGAGUGGCUGGCCAUCACGCGCGCCCUCCACGGCGAGCUCACGAUCGGCGACCGCGCAGCCCACGCGGCGCGCGACCGCGGCGAGGCGCACUACGCGCCCCUCAUCGACGAGGCGCGCGCCUGGGUCGGCGAGCAUGUCGCGGCCCUCGACGUCCCGGCCAACUUUGUCCUCACGGCGCCGCCGCACGACGGCAGCCCGAACUGGCGCAACGUGCCGGAUCAGCCGUUUGAGUACACGAAUCCGCAGACGGCGGCAUUCUGCGAGAUGCUGCAGGUGGAGAACCUGUGGCACGCCACCGAGGACGAGAGGAUGGCGAGGAAGGCAGAAGGACCGCCGCCGCCGAGCGAGAGGUUCGGGGGUGGCUUUCGCGGAGGGAGAGGCGGUCAUGGUGGUCGGGGCGGCGGACGAGGUGGGAGGGGUGGUAGGGGACGGGGACGCGGGCGUGGGAGAUUUCAUUGA